AUGUUCCCUAGUAACUCGUACACAAACGGUCAGUCGAGCGGCGGUGGCCAAGAACAGCGUCCACAAUUUCAGCACUCGCAUUCGCACCCGGUGCAGUUCAAUGGUUCCCCCUUUACGGUGGCGGGCAUGUCGAACCAAGGAGCGGGAAGCCCUAGCAUGCGCGGGAGCUCGCUGGGCAUGGGCACAUCGCUAGGAAUGGGUUCCCCACUGAGUGAGAGCUUGUCUCAGUCGAGGAGUCAUUACCAACCUGGAUAUCUCAUGUCAGCCAGUCAAAACAGUUCCUCCCCUCCCAGACACGAGGACCCACCUAUGGUGCAAACGAAAGCCAAGCUCAACCACACGUUUUCCGGGGGUGCUAUAGCCGACUUUGGUAUGGACUCCAUGUUCGAGAGCUCUAGACCUCGCCAAACGCUCGCGGAUGAGGACGCACCACCUACCGCGUCCGUGAACGACCUCGUCAAUGAGAUUCCUGAGUCAAACUCCAGCCGCUUCACACAAAGGGUUCGUGCUUCCCUCUUCCGGUCUUCCCAUCCCACCACACCGAAGCCUGCGGCCCCGCCGACACUCAACACGCAACCGCUCUAUGUCGUUGUGUUCGGGUACCCACCCGACAAGUACAGCGUCACAGUUGAAUACUUCCGCUCACUAGGGCACACCACUGAGCCAGAACAAAGCUCUGACCUCGUAAAUGCGUUCCGGAUCGGAUACCUCAACCCUGCAGAAGCUGUCAGGGCCGUACGCAAGAACGGCGACAUAGUUGGCGGCUCCUGGAUGAUCGGCGCCAAGUGGGCGGAUCCUGCACAAGCCGACGCUCUCCUCGGCGCAUCUCUGGCCAGGAGCACGGCUCAGUCCCCAGACUUCCAGUCCCCUGGCCUCGACACAAACGCAGUCCCGCCCUCAGCCUCGCACAUCUUCGGAGGCGCGCCUUCACCCUCGGAACGCAUGAGUGCCGACGAGGUGGCACCGCGCCACGGAACGCCCAUGCGAGGGGAGCCGUCGACACCCACAGUGGGCACCCCGAUCAAACUUGCACCCUCAGCGGCGGCAUUCCGCCGCGGGGGUACAGCGACCCCCAGCGCGGCCUCCAGAACGACUGCCGUCGUGCAGCCACUGCAGCACGUAGCGCCCGCUCCCGCCGCGGGGGUCCAGGCAUCUCCAUCCAAGGGUGUACUUGGCCAGGUUUCGGAUCUCAUCUUUGGGUGGUAG